AUGAAUUAGAAAAGCAAUAAGGUUUCUCCAAAUCAAAAAACAAUAGGAUUUAGAUUUAAUUGUGCUAUUAAUUUAGAACUACUUAAAAAAUCAACUAGAAUGGCAUUAUUGAAAAUGAAAUAUUAAUUGCCUGAAGAAUCAGAUCGAAUUAAAAUGAGAAAAAGAAGCUUAAUCUUUGCAAAAAAUUAAUUAGAAUCAGAAAAGAAGCCAUCUCCAUCAAAAAGCAAAUUUUUAGAUACAAUAAAAACUAGAUGUAGUUCAAUAGCUGAUGACAAUAAUUAAAUGCCAACUAAAUUGGUGUUCUAAAAAUACUCAAAAUAAUUAGAUAAUAUUAAUUAUGGCAAUCCUUAAAUAUUCCAAUCGAUCUCUUCUUAGAAGGAAUCAUGUGAUACUCUGAUUUUCCCUUUUCAAAGAUCGAUUUAUCCAUAAAGGAAACUGGUUAGAAAAAAUAGAGCUGAAACUUAAUAUACAAUUAAUAGUUCAAUUAAUUAGCCUAGUCCUAACAAUGCAAAAAUAAAGGUUAAGUCCCUCAUUGCCAUAUAAGAGAGAUUUGGAGCAACUGGAUGGGAAGUGGAACCAUCAGAUGAUCUUUGA